GCCGCCGAUCUCUCCGCCUCCUCUUUGUGCCUUCCCUGUCUCGGCUGCGGCAUCCGCGGCUGGCCAGCCGAUGUCGUGGCCCAGAUCGCCCUCCAAGCUCUCGCCGAGUCGGAAGCAGCUGAGUCCAGAUCCCCGGCUCUUUCCCUAGUGGAGUUUCGCUGCAUCGACCGCUUCGUGCUGGAAGCUUGGAUCAACCGAGCCAUCGCUUUAGGCUUCCAGGAGGAGCAUUGA